AUGCCGGACCAGGCUACAGAUCGGACUGGUAUAAAAGAUAUCGAGCUGAAAACAGAAAAUUGGACUAGCACUAAGGAUAUCGAGCCGAAGACAGAGAACCCGAACUGUCAAACCCAGAUCAAACUCGAAUCCGGCGAAGACUUCGUCGCAACAUCCCGGAUCCACCCGACCGAGGGCAUCGAAAUACGAGAUCCGAUACCGAGGACGAUGAUGAGAUAUACUGGUGAUCUCUCAGCUGUAGUUCUCGAGGGGAACCUAGCCGUCCUCCCCGAAAUUCCGAUCUCGACGACCGCGAAGGUCGGCAUCGAGGUUCUGCAAGUGGGAGACUCCGGAUCGGCCACACCCAAGGAGAUCGAGAAGCUCCGGCAGAUCAUUUGGAAGAAGCAACAUCUCCUGAUCGGCAAAGGGAACGAGCUAACCCCGGCGGCCAGGGGCGUCGUGUGUGACAUCGAUGUCGGGAACGCGAAACCAAACGCGUUGCGAUCCCGGAAAGUAGCCACGCGAUUUCGAGAAAAAGUCACAGGCCUGAUCAAGGGCCUCCUAGCAGCCGCGAUCAUGCGACCCUCGACAUCGCCAUGGGCCUCACCGAUCGUGAUAGUCUGCAAACGUAGCGGUGUGGAUAUCAUGUUGUGCAUCGACUACAAGCUGGUAAGCAGCCUCACGAGGCUGAUGGUAUAUCCUAUGCCCCUGAUCAGCGAUCUGUUAGAGGACCUCGAUAAGGCGUUAUGGUAUUGCUCACUGGAUAUGGCCAGUGGUUUCUGGGUCGUGCCCAUGACAGAUCGGGCUCGCGAGAUCUCAGCAUUUAUCACCCCGUUUGGAUUAUUCAAAUGGAGUCGCAUGCCGUUUGGCCUGAAAAAUGUCCCGCAGAUUUAUCAACGCCUCGUAGACAAUGCGCUGUAUGAAUUUCUGAAAAUCUCGCGAUCCGGUGACGCCGGGGCUACAACGGACGUUUUCCAGACAGGAAUCGCGGAUGAUCCUGACCGUGGGUCAGUGUUGGGGCGGAGACCAUACAUUGACGACAUCAUGAUCACAGUAGAAUCGUGGGAUCAAAUGUGCCAAAGGGUGGAAGGUCUGUUGGAGGCUUGUGAUAAGUGGAAUCUAUCGAUCAGUGUGGCAAAGAUCUUCUGGGGCAUGGAUAAGGUAGGAUAUCUGGGACACCGAGUGUCGAUCGAAGGUCUAGAGGCGAACCCAAAAGAUCUGAAAUCCCUGACCGAUCUGCCACUCCCCUGGUCACGUCGAUCUAUGCAGUCGUUCCUGGGUAGUUUGAACUACUACAGCCGGUUCAUUGAAGUCUACGCUAUCUACGUCUUGGUGCUAUAUGAACUUCGCGACGUGGAGUUUUCAGAACUGGAGAAACGAUCGGAUUUGAGGAAGGUCAUGGACCAAAAUGAUCCGAUGCACGGGAUCACGGCUCACCGCAACUGCAGCUGGCGGAACUAUUAG